GCGCUGCUGGCCGCCGGCGACAGCCUGCAGCAGAGCUGGGAGAUGAGGAAGGACCCGACGCGCCCGCGCCAGCUCCGCCGCACAGCCCGCAUGUUCGCCAUCGGAUGCAGCAUGGGCCCGUUGAUGCAUUACUGGUACCUCUGGCUGGACGUGGUGUUUCCUGCGAGCGGCAUUAAAGGAAUCCGCGUCGUGCUGAAGAAAGUCCUGGUGGACCAGCUGGUGGCCUCGCCGACCCUGGGGGUCUGGUACUUCCUGGGGAUGGGGGCGCUGGAAGGGCAGAGCUUGGAGGAGAGCUGGGCCGAGCUCCGGGAGAAGUUCUGGGAAUUCUACAAGGCAGACUGGUGCGUGUGGCCAGCAGCUCAACUCGUUAACUUCCUGUUCCUGCCGCCCAAGUACCGGGUGGUCUACGUGAACGUGGUCACGCUGGGAUGGGACGCGUAUCUCUCCUACCUCAAGCACCGGCACCUGGAGCCAGCGGACACUGAGGAUGAACCGAAGAGCCCCAGUGACACUCGGCCCCGCAGUGUGGGCCUCUGAAGGGUGAGGCGAGAGGCUGCACCCACGGCUCGGGACUCCCACCAGACCCCAAGACCAGGCCCAGAUGGUCCCUGGGGAGGAGCUGGCUCCCUGGGCUGCGACAAGCAUCUUGGUCCAACAAAUCAACUUGCCUUCUGGAGACGGACCCGUGGUGCUGCCCUGUGCGGCGUGUGGGGGGAAAGCUGGGGGCUGGGCUCUGCAACAUGCUCAGCCCUUGACCCGCAAACCUGCUCGUGAUCCUUACCAGUCAACCGCGUCCCAACGCUGGCGUCGUUCCUCCUGCAGUGGAGCGAGCUGGGGCCUUGUGGGCAUGCACCAAUUCCUCUCCUGCCACCUGCUUCUCGUGGGGCCUCCCCGUGGGCAGGGAGCCCUGCUGCACCUGGCCUCCACUGACCUGCUGUGCUUCAGAGGCGGCUGGGGGGGCUCCGGGCCCUUCUGCUUCUCUCCCUUCACGCAGUCCUGCCCGGCCCCGGCAGAGCUCAGAACAGGCGACCUUGGCCUUCUCCACCCCCCCAGGCAGAGGGUCUCUGGCCUGUUCUCCCCGAGGUGCUCGGCCUGGCCCCUCACACGCACUCCUCUGGCUCUUGCCCCUCCUGUUACAAGCUUCCUCAACCCCUCUUGCCUCUGCAGCUGGGGCCCCACUGCGCUUCUCCCUUUCCCCUCCCGGCUCCAAGCCCCCUGCCCACAGCUCCUCUUCCAGACUCAGCCUUCUACCGUCCCACGUCCAUUCUUCCGCUCCAGCGGAGCCCAUGGCUGAUGUCUGUACUCCUCUGGGGCAGGGCGGGGACCAGAGCUGCUUGCCCUCCACCUGGCCGCCCCCCCGACUCCGUGCCAUCACAUUCCUCCUGCCCUUGGGCCUGCCUGGCACCCUGCCAGCGUGUGGGUCUCACCCACCCCCAGGUCCAGCACCUGGUGUGCUGGGGUAUCCUCCCCUGCUGCACCUUUCUCUGGAGGACGUUUCUUCUGUCAUUCUCCUUGAUGUGCCUCAAACACUGCUGCUACGGGCAUCCAUUGGCCCCUGGUCUUGCACACGGCAGGAUGGGGAUCGCCCCUGCACGUGCAGCACCUAGUGCAACAGCAGCGUGGGGACAAAAGCCACCUGUGCCCCCAAGGCCCGGGUGUAGUCUCCAGCUGAGCUGUGAGCCAGCUGUGUGGUCCCAAGUGUGGAUGUCCCCGGCGCUGCUAGAACAAAUCAUCUCUCACUUUUCUAAAGAUUAAACAUGAUUCUCACG